AUGGCAAAGUGUGCCUACGCCAGGGACGCAAAUUGUGAAGGUGCGCAAAAUUCUCCUUUGAAAACCAACAUAAUGGAAGAAUGGCAUUCGAUUUCGUCAUCAUCUACAAUAAAAUCAACGAAUUCGAAAAAUUCGAUUGAUAUGUAUCCAAGUCGAGAUGAAAUUGACUCGUCCCUUUCCGAAAAUUUGCAACUGCAAUUGAACUCUUUAGCAGUGAAAAUUCAAGAUAUUGAAAAUAAAUUAUUAAAAGAUCGUAAAGAUGAUAUCAAAGAAAAAUCAAAAGAUUCUAAUCCUAUUACAAAUACACACCAAAUACCACCACGCUGUACAGAAUUAUAUCAAAGUUUACAAAAUACUGUAAAGGAAUUAGAAAAUCAAAAGUUCAUGUUCAACACGCAACUUAAAGGAUUGUCAAUGAAUUUGAACAAUAAUAAUAUUCGUUUAGUUUCUGUCGAAAACGAUGUUAAAAACAUAAUCGUAAAACAUAUGGAUCUCUCUCAAAUGUACAAAUCACUACAAGACCAACUUGAAAUGGUUUCGGGGAAGAUCAAUGUGAAGUUCGAUCACUUGGAACAGUUAAGCCAUAAUACAGCUACAACUGAUGAGUAUUAUGGAACAAAUGAUUCUUAG